UUGGUAAUCAGCCAGGCUGUGAGGCUGGAUGUGGUAGACAGUGGUGUUGACUUUGUGCCUCAAAAAGGUGUUGGACUAUUGUUACAGCAUUCACUUUGAAGGUCACUGUUAUUAUCCCUGUGACCUCUGUGGCUGGAGCUGCACCUCCUCAGUCUCCCUCCUAGGGCAGCCGGUUGGCCUGUCUGCAUUUCUUUGAAUCGCCAUCCCUAAGGAGGGAGUGCGAGAGCAGAGGCCUGCGUCAGUAUCCUGAAGACCCACUGAGAGACACGCUGAGACUCCUCUGACAACUGCAGAUAUGGAAUAAAGUGAGGAGACUGUACAAAGAAGGCAUCAGCAGCAGGUGAUAAAGAGCUGUUCACUAUGGAGCCAAAGGUAUCAGUGAUGUCCCCUCAGGACGGGCCCAGGCCUCGGUGGAGUGUGGGUUCCAGCUCGGGUCUACAUUAUGGCUCUUUUGUGAACAGCCUCUCAUCGCUCACGCCACAGACACCAGAGAAACAGAGGAUUUCUCCAAAACGUGCGAAGAUCGCUGUGGCUGUGCUCUGCUACAUCAACCUGCUCAACUACAUGGAGAGAUACACAAUCGCAGGUGUCCUGCUCAACCUGCAGAAAUUCUUUGACAUAAGUGACAGUACAGCUGCACUCCUACAAACAGUCUUCAUCUGCAGUUUCUUACUCCUGGCCCCCCUCUUUGGAUACCUCGGUGACCGCUACAACAGGAAGUACAUCAUGAUUGGUGGACUUUGUGUGUGGCUUGUGACGGCAGCAGGCAGCUCUUUUGUCACUGAGUCGUUUUUCUGGCUCCUAAUACUGCUACGAGCUAUGGUUGGGAUUGGAGAGGCCAGCUACUCCACCAUUGCUCCCACCAUAAUCGGUGACCUCUUCACUGGGGCUCAGAGGAGCAUCGUCAUCUGCGUUUUCUACAUUUUCAUCCCUAUUGGAAGUGGUCUUGGAUACAUCACAGGAGCUGGGAUUGCUACUCUCACAGGAGACUGGCGCUGGGCUCUCAGGAUUACUCCUAUCAUGGGAAUAGUGGGACUUGUGUUGUUGGUUCUCUUGUGCCCAAACCCACCCAGGGGUGCUGCUGAAACCCAAGGAGAGGGGAUCACAGGGGGGAGCUCUUACCUGGAGGAUGUCAAGUAUCUGCUGAGAAAUAAAAGUUACAUGUGGUCAACACUUGGAGUAACAGCUACGGCCUUCCUCACUGGAGCUCUGGCUUUCUGGAUGCCCACUUUCCUGUCCAGAGCUCAGAUCGCUCAGAAUCUCAGACCUGUGUGUGAAAAAGAGCCGUGCAACACCACAGACAGUUUUAUCUUUGGAGGUGUGACAGUGGUGACAGGCAUUCUGGGAGGGUGCCUUGGCACGGUUUUGUCUCGAUGGUUUAGGGACAAGGUGCCAAAUGUGGACCCUAUCAUCUGUGCAGUGGGUCUACUGGGAUCAGCCCCCUGCCUCUUUAUCGUCAUCUUUGCUGCUUCAUCAAGUAUUCCUGCUACUUAUGUAUUCAUUUUCAUAGGUGAAGUACUGAUAUCGCUGAACUGGGCUGUCAUGGCCGACAUACUGCUUUAUGUUGUUAUCCCGACCAGACGGUCCACAGCUGAGGCUCUCCAGAUUACUGUGGGUCAUCUUCUGGGUGAUGCAGGGAGCCCUUACCUUGUAGGAGCGAUUUCUGACGGUAUAAGCAGAUCUGACCCUACUAGUCCCAUCUGGAGCUUCCACAGUCUGAAGUUUAGCCUGCUGGUCUGUCCGUUUGUCGGGGCUCUGGGUGGACUGUUCUUCUUCAUGGCUGCUCUUUAUAUCACUGAAGACAAGAAGGCAGCCCUGAGACUGGUUGAAGAAGUAGAAAUCCCUUCACCACAACAGGAUCCUUCCUCUGAGCCUCCCCUGGAACUGAGCCCACAGAAGAAUUAGUAUUAAAGCUGUGGAAAGGCAGCCGUGUAUUAAUUUAUAUGUGAAUAUUUAAAGUUAAGUUAAAAACUUCAGCUGUGGACAACAUAUUGUUGACAAUGACUUGAAAAAAAUCGUCCUGUUUUGUGAGUUAACAGUCAUGAAACAACCGAUGUGGAUGAAAAUCACAUCUUAAAAAAUGUUGGUCUACUUAGUCAGGAUUUUAACUGUGCUUUUGUAUUUAAACUGGAUUUAUAAUGUUUUGUAAAAUGUAUCUUCAUUCUAAUGAUUGUUUUAAUGUUAAAUCUGAGUAAGUUUUAUUUGUAAAGCUCUUAACUCAUUUUCUGAAUAUCACAGGACGCUUUAUUCUGACGUAGAAAAAUCCAAGCAAUGAAAUUCUGAAGAAAGUGACAGUUUGACAUUUGUCAUAGAGAAAAUAAAGUUGAAACCCCAUUUUUUUUUAUUUUUAAUGUUGUAUUAAUGCAACAUUGUAUACCAUUCAGGGCAUUAUGUAUAGUAGCUACAUGCAAGUAAGCUAAUUUCUGAAUGGAAAUGCUGUUUUUGACCUUUUCAAUAAAACUGUUACAAUGUA